AAUUAUCACAAUUAAACACAAAAACAACAUCACUGCUGAAGUACCGACUAAGAAUGCCGCUUUUGCGAACGUACAGAGACGGAGUUCUCUGAUUUUUGGGUAACUGGUAAAUAAAAGUUUGGAAAAGUCGAAGCAGUCGAGAAGGGUUGUUUACGGAUAUAUAGCUGUUCCCGCCGGUUUUAGUUUUAAUUAUUCUCGGGACAAAACGUUGAGUAAUAAAAAAAACAAAGCAUCGUCAAAAUUCUACGAUAUCAUGGACAACCCAUCAAAGUUGGAAGAAUCCGAAACAAAGAAAGAUGAGCCGGUCACUCAAAAUUUGGAUAUAAAGUCGAUGAGUGAUUCCAAAAAUGUCCAAGCUCGAAUCGUUCGUGGAACGAAAAAAAUGCGAAUCGAUUCAACCGAAUCUACUCAAGUAUCAGAACAAAAAAAAGAGACCAAGGAUGAAGACACCGCAGAAGCAAAGAUCGUGCGUUCUCUCAAAAGAUCCUGCGAACUGUGGUCGAUGGAGGACAAAAAUACAUUUUUCAAGGCUAUUAACGAGUUUGGCAAAGAUUUUGAUGCACUGCAGAGUUAUUUUCUCAGCCAGGGAAAAAAGCGAUCGCUAUCAGACAACAUGAUCAAGAAUAAAGAGCAAAUAAGACAUUUUUAUUACAGAACCUGGCUAAAAAUUUCAAAACACCUUAAAUUUUCCGAAGACGUAAAAAAAGCUACGCAGGAAAUUUAUGGACUGAUAAAUUAUGGCGAAUUAAGAAGAAAAUUACCUCGCAUACAUGAAAAGGUGCUCUUGAAAUUGAACGAAUUGAUAUACUGGGGCUCUAUGCAGGUUCGAUUGAGAGGCAAAACAAUGAGAAUCAAGACUCCGAUAUGCAGAGCUCUGAGAAAAUUGAAUCAGCUUGAGGACUGGCAAGAAGAGAUAAAACUACCUCCUCGUGUGACGAUCGAAUUACGACCGGGGAAUAAUAUGACUUGGUGGCAAGUUCAAGCUCACGCAAUGAAUCCACGAGUGCGAACUCUGCUGCCGAUACAGCGACGUCUUUCGAGUUUAUUAAUGUUUUUACAGCAACGAUGGAAGCCAGCGAAAUACAAAACCUUUAUCAACAGCUCGGAGAAUUUGGAUCAAAUUGACACGAAGGACAAUCGACUGCUGCGUGUUUCGCCUCCCGAUGGUUGUAAAAUAGCCUUACCAGUCGUUAAUCUCGGCGAGUAUUUGACCAGCAACAGCGUCAGUUUUAAUUCUCACGAAAAACGACUAGGUCUGAAAAGCUCUCGCCUUGAACUCCUCGGUUCGGUUCAAUAUAUCAAGGGAGUUGGUAAAAAAACAAUCAAAAAGUACAAAGGCGAUAAAAGAUCGUCAACCAGACCGGAAGAUUCGCAGCAACAACCCGGUGACAGUAGCAACAACGAACUCGAUUCACCAGAAAGAAGUGUUAAUGCUACUCCUGAGAGAAAUAUUCAAGCUUCAACCAGCUUAAAUGUCACAGAUCAGUCGCAACCAGAGAUACAAACCUGGUCCGAGCCCAAUAGGUUUCCCGGCAGAGAAACUGUCGAGAGAAUACGAUUAGGAUGGAACAUCGAUGAAGCUAACUCUAUAACAGUUGGCGAUCUUUUUCUCAUGUUCGGUCGAGAAUCAAAAGUCUCGUUAGAAUAUUGGUGGGACACAGGAGGAAUCGACGAAACAGUUGGUACCUCCGGGUCAAAGGCAACGAGAAUUGGGCCUUCUCAAACGCAGGAUGACGGAGCUCUGUGUUUGGCGCUCAGGAAAUUAUUAUCAAUAGCGAAACACAAUUAUGGGACGAGCAAAAUUUACGAUACUGUAUCUGGGAGCAACGAGACGGUGGUGUCGUCGAGGGUUCCUUCUGCCAAAGAAUCGAUUUUCAGGCGACCUCUCAUACCUCAAGUUUAUCAUCAAAUUGGAGCUCAGGACGCUUUCAAAACGCAACUAGAUAACUUCAAAAAUCGUUUUUGCAAACGUGGCCGCACCGUUCGACAGCGAAGUCUCAUUGUCCAAAGGACACUACCUGUAACGACGUUCGAAUUGAAUAAACCGGAGACUCAUAUGAGACAGCCAGAAACUCACAACCGUCAACCGGAGACAAAUGCAUCAGCUCAAGAAGCUCACACGAACAUGGAAAUACAAAUGUCUAUGGAUCCUCAACCUGCCAAUGAUAAUCUCGUUAAUAUCGUGACGACUAAUGAGAACGAAGAAUUCAUAACUGGAACUAUGCAUGUAGAAAAUCCAGAAGCCGCUAAAGCCUCCAAUUCAAUAAUUACAAGCGCUACGCAAAUUCUCAAGGAGGGUGAACAUCAGUGGUUGAAUAGUGAGGUUGCUGAUUUUUCUUUAAGCAGUUUUCUCGGGCAACUGGAAUCUCCGAUAAAAGUUUCACAGUCGAGUCAAGCGAGUGGGAACCCCAACGUCGAGGCUGCACGACCAUCCUCCGACGUUGUGAGCCAAAUGCAAUGUCUAAUGGGCGAGAGCAGCGUGGAUUACAUGGCAAAAUUUGCAAAUCUUGCGUCUCAGAUAGCAUCAGACGAACAAAAAAAAUCAACGAGCUGAGGUGAAAUAAGAAAUAUUUAUGGAUGGAAUGGAAUUGUGUUGAUUUCCCUUGAUGAGCUCACGGCCGGGACUAGUGAAGCAAGAAUCUCUAUCGUUUGAAGGAACAAAAGAUAAGAAUUCAGUAGCAAAAUGGAAAAUAAAGAAUGGCCGCAUGAAUCAAGAUGUGACGAGAAACUUGCUGGACGAAAAAACCACAAAGGCGAGACGGGAUAUUCUAAUCGCAGAAAGUUCGACUUCCAUGGACGCGACGGGAACCCCCCCCCCCUGGAUUAUUGGAAAUAUAUUUUUUAUUCUCGAUGA